AAUGGUGCUUUCAAACGAAUAUUAAGUUAAUAUAAAUGUAGGACGGUGAAUUUCAAAAAAAUAUGAUAUACAGCAGUAGUAUUGUAAUAUCGGAUAUCCCUAGGACAGUUUCCGGCUUAAAUCGUGUACUGGUAUACGUUCUAAAAUUUUUGGUAAGUCCUUAUCUCCUCUGGUAUUGAUAAGAUAUGAUGAUAUAGGUGUGCGCGUGCGGACCGUGGGACUACAGGUGCAAUGAUCCGUUCGUGAACUACAGCUGCAGUGAUCCGCGCUCGUUCCGAGGCCGCCGUGAACGAGAGCGAGAUAGUCGUAAACAGUGAUAAGUGCGCAACUAACGUUUACAACGGCGGCGGGUGAUAACGCGCGCGAGCGCAAUCUCGAGAAAAUGACGACAAACCGUCGCCGACCGGACUCUCGGUGGUAAGGGGACGUCGACGGUAAACGUUACGUGCGUCGCUGUUUUUUUCCGCCGAAGCCGUAUUCUUCGUAAUCCGCCCGGAACGCGUUUUCGAUUCGACUUCCCGGUUCGAGCGCGCGCGUUCCCCUCGUCUCGCUCUGUUACGACGUUCGUCCGCCAAUGUGGGCCGAACGGUGCGACGUUAAUGGCGUGUCCGCACUCGGCCGGCGCUCCUCGCGUUGAACACCGACUCGCCGCGUAGGCGUGUGGGCCACGCACGGUACCGUGUUAUUACGUUUCCCCCGCACUCGCAAACUAUUGCCGUUAUUCAUUAUUUUCUCGCGGUUCGUUUCCUCUCACCCCUCUUCCACUUCGAACCCGCCAUGUCCGUCACCAUUCAGCAAAUACUGUCGGACGCCAAGCGGUUGGCUUCGAAGCUUAAAGAACACGACACGGCGGCCGACGCGUUGCUGUCCCAGGCGCAAUUCGCCUACAAGAAAAUCGACGCCAUGAAGCAGUACACUGUCGAUCUGUCCGAACUCAAUGACAUGGAAGAAGGUGGUCUUCCCCACGAGAAGCUGGUCAAGUCGAUUCGCACUGAGAAUCGGCAGCUGCAAGAGAUUGUGCGCGAGAACCGAAUUCUCAGAACUAUGGUUGCCGAGCAUCAGACGGCCCUUGAAAUGAUCAUGAGCAAGUACCGGUCCCAGGUAUCUUAUCUCGUCACCCAAACCAAAGCUGACAGACUCAUGACUGAUCUCACGGCUAAGACAAUCGAGGAAAAAAAUGUGUUAAUCAUUCAACAAGAAGAACGCAUUAAAGAAAUGAUGGCUGUCAUGAGUCUUGCUUCAAGACUUGAAGCUGAAGAAGCCAGUAAAAAAGAAGAAACUAUAGGAAGGCUACAAACUGAAAACCAAACACUAAGAAAACUUUUGAAAAUAUCUAGUGAUCUAUCCACAGAAAAAGAACCCGAUAAGAUGCUGACAUCUACAUAAUAAAUUACCAUUACCUAUUAUUUAAUCAAAAUAUUUGUAAGAUAUUACAUUUAAAAGCCAUUAAUAAUUGUG